GUCACAGGAAAAACAUGGCAGCUUACUUGAACCGGUUGCAUCACAUUUCCCUCCACGUUUCAAACGUGAAUAAACUCGCUUACGAACUCGUCUCUCAGUACAAAUUCGAUUUGUUCGCAGCCAGACUCAGCGGGCAGUCCCGGCAGCUGGCCUUCAGGAAAGGAGCGGCGGUGUUCGUCGUGAAUGAGAGACCAAACCAGCCUCCUCUGAGACUGAAUGAACCGCUGACCGGCAUCACCAAUGGGCACUCCUUCGACCUGAACCGGGACAACGUGGGGAAAUGCGGCGGUGACAGGCAUGUGAACUGUCUUUACGAUGUCACACCGCAUUAUUCAGUGGAUUCUGCUUGCAAUGUGUGCUUCGAGGUGGAAGACGUGGAAAGGUCGUUCAAGGUGCUUCGCGACCACGGAUGCGACUUCCUGGUGCCUCCCACGGCGGUUCAGGACGACAGGGGGCUGGUCACCUACAUGGUGGUCAAAUCCAUUGUGGGGAAUGUGUGCCACACACUUAUUGACAGGACUAAAUACAAGGGCAGUUUCUUACCUGGGUUUGAAACCGUGAGCGACAGCAGCCUGGACGACACAUCUUGUCCAGUCACACAUUUUGACCACAUAACCUACGCCUGCUCCAGGAAAGCGACGCCUCAAGUCAUGCAGUGGUACCAGAGGCUCUUUGGCUUUCGCAGAUUUUUCAUUGAUAGUAAUGAAGAUGUGGAUGAGGGUUAUGUCCUAAACCAGGAUGGCGUUGGACUGCGUCUCACUGCCAUGGAGUAUUGGAAAUGUAGUCAAAAAGGAAUUGCACUUAACUUCACUGAUAAAAAAGAGCCAACCUGCAAGUUUGUCAUUGCAGAAUCACUACCUGAACAAGGCAGGAACCAGGUUGACACCUUCCUGGACCAACACAGGGGUCCAGGGAUCCAGCACAUUGCACUGUACACACAAGACAUCGUCUCCACAGCACAUACAAUGGCUGAAGCUGGCGUCCAGUUCUUCUCCCCUCCCCCUGCCUACUACACCGAGGUGGGCAAACAGCAGGAGAUAGAGGAGGCAGGACACAGCCCCCAGAUGCUGGCCCAGCAUGGCAUUCUCCUGGACACAGACGUGCGCCAAGGUCCCUCACCGCAGAUCGAAUCCAGAGAGAACAGAGGAUACCUCCUCCAGGUGUUCACCAAGCCCAUCUUUGCAGAGGACACCUUCUUCCUCGAGCUGAUCGAGCGGAGAGGGGCGUCGGGUUUUGGCGAGGGGAACAUUAGAGCGCUGUGGAGGUCGGUGCAGGCGUACAUGGAGAACGAAAGGGGAGAGCCUCAAGGAGAGAGCACACCGGAAAAUUUGCAGAGCGCUCACCAUUAGCCACUCAGAGUAUUUUAGUGGUUACUGUAUCAAGUUAUUUUAUUUAUAGCUUUAUUCUUAUAUUUAUGAAUGUGGCAGCACUUAUUGGGAGAAAGGAUGUCAUACACUCUGUGUAAAAAGUUUAUUUGACUGUGUAGUUUGCUGUAUUGAUGGCAUGGAUUUGCUGUUGAACCUCAGAGUUAACAUCCACUCAACAAGAAGUACAAAAAAUAUGUUGUAUAUAAUUUGUACCUUUGUAAAGGACUAGUUCACUGAAAAUAUAGGUAUUUUCCCAAUUAUCCUCAGGUUCCCUGUCUCCCAGCACCCCAAUAGAAUGAGAUGGGAUGGGUAUUGCAUUUGUGGAAAUCUGUAAACUGUAUCUAUCCAUCUCUAAUUUCUACUUGCUGGGAGCUGAAAUUGUUCUCAGGAGACAGGGAAGUUUGCUCAACCUUAGCCUAAUUACACAGAAGCUAUCUGCAUAGAUAGAUUGCACUAGGGGCAAGUACACUGGAAUGUACGUCAUAAGAACGUCUUUGUCUUCACUGUAUCAACACAAAGUGGCGUAACCGACUGAAUGACUCCAGACCAGCUGCUCUUGAAUAAAUCCAUCAUUCACAGUAGACUGUGAAGAACAAUUA